AAAUAACCAACCUCAUUCGCGCCGGUUCUAAUUACACUUGUGGCAGCAGCGCCAUUGAAACGCUGCGUUUUGAUCGUUAGCACCGCCAAACUAUGGGUGCCGCAGAAUCCUCAUUCUCGAGCUCACAGAGCCGGCCGGCGGAUGAAAUCACCACCGUGUCGGAGCGAUCGGAGGUGGCCGAUCCGAUAUUAGAGAGGCUCAGAUCCCUAAGAAUUUCGACGCCGUUAUUGACCUCACCACCUAGUGAGGGGAGCUUGACUGACAUUUUAGUAAGGAAGCCUUCGUCUUCUUCAGCUCCCAGUAUUGUGGAUCCGAAAGUGCUGUUGGAACUCUUUGCGAUGUACCGCGAGUGGCAGGAGGAGAAUGUCAAAAAGCUGAGCCAACAACAGGAAGAGAUAGAGAAUAAGAUUGAAAUUGCAGACGCAUUGGCUGUUAAACUUCAGCAGCGAUUUAAUUAUUCAGUGACAGCCAUGAAGACAUCCUCACAACAUUUAUCUGGAGUUUAUUCAUUGCAGGUAGAGCUUGGGGAACUUAAAGGAAGGUUGACGGAGGUUAUUAGCAACUGUGAUGCAGUGUGCAAGAGAAUCACGGAGGAGGGACCGGAAUCUCUUCGGUCAUCUGUUGAGCCGUUAGUUAUCUGCACAAAACACCUAGAACAGCAAGCUACCUCGUCUGAUUUGCCAACCCUAAGUCUACCUUCUGCCGAAACCAAGUUAGACUGAUCCUGUUUUUAUUUAAUUCUCGUACAGAUACUUUGUAGAGAUUCUGAUUAUAGUGACAUCAGGAAUUAUACGAAACUAUAUUCAUU